AUGGAAGAAAAAUUAAAUAUUCAAGCAACACGAGCAGACAUCCAACGUCUCGAGCGAGGGAUCGAAUCUUUGGUCAAUCAGAUAGAAAAAUGCGGCAUUGUUCUUGGCGAUGUGGAUGGCGUCCAGAAUAAAGAAUCCGACGAUCUCCCAACCAUGUCUCCGCGUCGCAAGUCUUCGAAAAACAAGAUUACCAUAACGCUCGACGUACCUACUGUCGCUGAUCAUAACAAGGAAUCGGAUCGGAACGCUGGUCAAAAUCUUAAAGCACUGUUGAAUCGGACCUAUCCCGAGGCUGUUGUUGAACUGGUGUAUAAGCUAGGGGGAAGGUUGGGAUUCGGUCUGAACGAGAACGUGCAACAGACUGAAAACGGUCCUGUUGCUGGGACGAUGAGGGAAGAAGAUGGCGGAGGUAAUGUGGCGUGGGGUGGAAGGGGAGGGAGUGCAAAACAAUGGCAAGGGAUAAAGUUUACCGAACAUGGGCAAAACCAAAGUAGCCCGUCACGGCUACUUGUACUUGCGACGUUAACUGUGGCUGCGUCAAGGUUUUCGGAUGAUCCAUCUAUACAAAAGUUGGACAAUAAACCCGCUGGGAUUUUCUAUGAUACUACCAAGAGUCUUUUAAACACAAUGUACGACGUACCUCGUCUCGAAACAUGCCAAGCACUGUUGCUUCUUGCGCACUCUGAAGUUAGUCUUUCACGUCUUGAUAGCUCUUAUAUGUAUCUUGGCAUGGCUGUGAGAAUGGCUCAAGCACUGGGUCUUGAUAGAAACGAAACCACAUCUUCCCCAGCGGAAGAUGAGGAGAGGCGACGUGUGUUUUAUUGUCUCUAUACCGUUGACAGAUGGGCCGGUUUUCUAUUCGGCAAACCGCAUAUAAUAACUGACAUAAAUGUCUCUGUCCCACUUCCUACACUUGCCAAUUUCGAUCCCAUGACUCGCGACUUCUUCAUCUCCUUCCUGAAACUUUCACGUAUACUUGGAUCCAUCUGGAACUUUGGAUAUUCCUCUCAACCCAAAGCAUCCCCCGCAACAUGGUCAGAACAGGCGAUGGAUGAAAAGUCACCUCUGAGGCAAAUCAGAGGUGCGCUGGCAAAAUGGCUGAAAGAGUUGCCGGAUAGCCUGCAAUAUCAAUAUUUGCCCAGUACCGAUUCGAGGGAUAUUUUCCAGUUGGCUAAUUUUACGCCAUUUGCUGGUCACAUCAACAUGCUCUUCCACACUUGCCUAAUCCUCCUACACCAGCCAUAUCUCCCGUUCUCUACAUCCACAAAAACCCUUUAUUCAUCCAGUCCACUAAAGACCUGUCUCACCGCCGCGGUUACAAUAGCAGACAUUGCCAAAACAACACGUCAAGUUGACCCGAAUGUAUUUACGGAUUUCAUGUAUUCUCUCUAUGGUCUGAUGCAAUCUGCAAUCUUGGAACUUAUGAUUGUGAACGAAAAAGUCGAAUAUUCUGCAAGUGCGAGGAAAGCGUUUGAGGAAACGAUGGGAGAACUGAGGAGUGUAGCAACAAAUUUAAAAUUUGGUGGAUUUGCGGAUGGCAUUAGAGAGCUGGAUGAAGUAGCAGGAUACAUAAUAGGAAGUGAUGGUAAUAUCGUCGUUCCAAUUGCGCUGGCGUCACGAUGGCUGGAUAAUGGAGUUGGAAACGGGACUUGUAAUGAUAUUGCUUCGUUCUCGAGCCCUCAGAACAUUUCCGUUGUCUCAUCCGCCGCGAGCUCUCCGAGUGCAGUAGAAGACAUGGCUAUUGAAGGGUCACCGAAACUUAGAAAGACUCCAUCUAAAGAAACGUGUUUGCAGACCGGAGAGAAGCGCAAAAAGUACGCAGAGAAGGGGCUUGCAGAGAAGCGAAGAAGGAAUACUGAUGAAAUGGAUCAGGAUUUGACGCUAAUUAAUAACAACAAUGAACCGAAUGAGACAGUGAAUAUGCAAGGCCAUAUAGAUCGACAGCAACAACAGUUGCCACUAGAAGAUAAGCAGCCACAGUCACAACUACCCCAAUAUGUAAACGCACGUUUACCCCAUUCUCACAUGCAGACACCGUCAACUCCGCCCUCUUCAGCACCAUCUUCUUCCCCAUCUUCUGUAUCCUCUCCACAAGCUCCGGCGCCGAACCCUAUACAACUUUUCAUGUUACCUCAGUCGACCUUAUACUCCGCUGGGCCGGAGGGGGUUAUUCCGUCCCAUAUGCAACCACAGAUAUCAUCGACGAUACAAUCGCAAAUGCAACCCACGUUUCAACAAAUUCAAUCCCAAUUCUCGCACACGCUCCACUCUGCCCAAGUUCAACAAAAUUUCCAAUCACAAUCGAUCAUUCAUCAGAUGGUACCAGAACCGUGGGAUUCUGGCGCAUCUUCGUUCUGGGCCAACGAUCUUUUCUUUUCCAGUCCUACGGGUGAACUUGGGAGCAUCUAUUCUAUAAGUGACACCGAGGACAGAGGUGGUGACAAUAGGGGCAACUGA